UGCCAUCCGCUAAACCCCAAGAAGAAGAAGAAGAAGAAGAAGAAGAAGAAGCAGGACGUUUAAGCUACGAAACGUGCAGAUGUUUUAAUGGUACAAAGACCUCUUAUAUGGCAAAAGAUCAAGGCAGAUUUGGUUUGUCAUGUCAUGACCCCUGGAACAGAUCGAGUGUAGCGCCGCGGGACUGCGUCAGUGUUUGCGCCGCCGCCAUUGACCAGAAUCCGGAGGAUCAGCAGCUGAAUCACUGAUUUACAGCAAACACACGCGACUACAGAGCAGGAAUGGCCACUGCACCCUACAACUACUCCUACAUCUUCAAGUACAUCAUCAUCGGAGACAUGGGCGUGGGGAAGUCCUGCUUACUGCACCAGUUCACAGAGAAGAAGUUCAUGGCCGACUGUCCGCACACCAUCGGCGUGGAGUUCGGCACCAGGAUCAUGGAGGUGAGCGGUCAGAAGAUCAAGCUGCAGAUCUGGGACACGGCGGGUCAGGAGCGCUUCAGAGCCGUCACGCGCAGCUACUACAGAGGAGCGGCGGGAGCACUCAUGGUCUACGACAUCACCAGGAGAAGCACAUACAAUCACCUCAGCAGCUGGCUGACCGACGCCAGGAACCUCACCAACCCCAGCACCGUCAUCAUUCUCAUAGGAAACAAAGCGGAUCUGGAAGCGCAGCGAGACGUGACGUAUGAAGAGGCGAAGCAGUUCGCCGAAGAGAACGGUCUGCUGUUCCUGGAGGCCAGCGCUAAAACAGGAGAGAAUGUGGAGGACGCGUUUCUGGAAGCAGCUAAAGAAGAUCUACCAGAACAUCCACAGACGGCAGUUGGAUUGAAGCGGCGAGUCGGGCGUCCAGCACAAACCGUCAGCGCCGAGGCGAGGCCGGGUCUCACCAAGCGAAACCACAGCCGCAGAGGGAAGGGGUGGCUUGUUAAUGACCAUGACCUCAUCUCUCCUCUUCCUCCAAUCACACCAAUCGGUAUUCGUCCCAGAAAAGAGGAUGAGGAUCACGGCUACAUGUGCUCUUUCUCGUCAUCUGCCCUCACAAUCUCUAUGAUCAACGAUGUGUACGUCACAGAAACAAGACCCCAGGUUGCAUUAGGAUAG